CAUUGCGAUCUCGCUGUCCAGUCCUGUUUGACUUUCUGAUGUGUUGAGAUGUGUUUCACCACAUUCUUAUUGUCUUAAUUCAAAGACAUUGCUCAACCACAGUUCCCACGCACGCACUUCUUCCACACCUUCAGCUGGGGUGGCAUUUAAAUUUUCGCGAAAUCCAAUGUCGUGUCGAUCUAGAGUUUAAGCGGUCCUAAAUAUCACAAAGACGGCAUGGAAACAAUCACCGACCCACUUGAGGAUUCGAACUUGCGCAACCGCAAAGCGCAUCGAAAAGGAAAGUCCGUCACCGAGGAAGUGAGAAAUGCGGAAAUUAGCACCGCCCGUGAUCGUAACGGGGACACUAGUCAGAAACUGCAACGCAACGACGGCGACGAACCCGAAAAUCUCAAAUCCAAAUCAUCCGCAUCAGCUGGCGGCAGUGCAGCAGGGGAAGUGCGCGAAAGUGUGAAAUCCGAUAACAACCAUGAGCCCCGAUUCGUGAUACGGGUUCAGCUGGACGGGGCCUCGGUGGUGCUGUUUGUGCUGUCGUUCGUGACACGCUUCUUCAGGCUCAGCCACCCGAAUGGGGUCGUGUUCGACGAAAUACACUAUGGCCGAUUUGCAUCGUUAUACCUCCGAAAUACAUUCUAUUUCGAUCAGCAUCCCCCUCUGGGGAAGAUGCUGAUAGCGGGUGCAGCCAGUGCUGUGGGGUACAGUGGAAAAUUUGAGUUCUCAAAAAUCGGCAGCGAAUACGAUGCGAGCGUUCCAAUUUUCGCAUUCCGCUUCGUCCCAGCCCUUUGUGGCAGUCUGUUGGCACCUGUCGUCUACAGCAUCCUUCGACAGUUGAAGCUUAGCCAAUCCAUCUCCAUCAUCGGUGGACUGCUGAUAGUAUUCGACAACGCCUUACUCACGCACUCUCGUUUCAUUCUGAUGGAACCGAUGCUGUUGCUGUUUUCCGCCGUCGGCCUUCUGUUCGUACUGAAGUUCCUGACCAGUCAACCAUUUUCCGUCCGUUGGUGGUCUUUCGGUGCCCUUGCCGCAACAUCCCUUACCGCAGGAGUUUGUGUCAAAUACAUCGGCUUCUUCAGCUACGUACUGGCAUGUUACAUCAUUGGUCGGCAUGUCUGGAUGCAGCUGCCGGAUCGAUCGCAAUCCAACGUGCACCUGUUAUUGAAAAGCAUCGCCAAAGCAGUCCUCUUCAUUUCAGUUUCAAUUGCGCUGUAUCUGGGCUGCUUUUACGUUCACUUGGGUAGUCUGUACAAAGCAGGUCCCCAUGAUAGCAUCAUGACCAGCGCCUUCCAAGCUUCACUGGAAGGCGGACUGGCUUCCAUUACCAAAGGGCAACCACUUCGGAUCCAACAUGGAUCGCAGAUCACACUAAAACAUACCCACGGAAGGGUUUGCUGGAUGCACUCGCACGCUCACGUGUACCCGAUCAAAUACAAAGACGGUCGAGGUUCCAGUCAUCAGCAGCAGGUCACAUGCUACGGGUUCAAGGACGUGAACAAUUGGUGGAUUGUGAAACGCCCCGAAAAGGAGAACAUCGUCGUCGGCGAAGAACCGGACUACAUCCAAGAUGGGGAUGUGAUCCAGUUGGUGCAUGGCGUAACGAGUCGGGCGUUAAACUCCCAUGAUGUGGCUUCAGCAAUGACUCCUCUCAGCCAGGAAGUAUCCUGCUACAUCGACUACAAUAUAUCCAUGCCGGCCAACCUGUUGUGGAAGGUUGAGAUAAUCAAUUCCAAGGAUUCCAAGAACAAAUGGAACGCCAUCACCUCCCAGGUGCGAUUGAUUCACGUAGCUACUAACGGAGCGUUGAAGUUCACCGGUGAACAGCUGCCCGAUUGGGGAUUCAACCAGUUUGAAGUCGCUGCCGACCGGAGACAGUAUACCAUUGACACAAUUUGGAAUGUGGAAGAGCAUCGUUACACUCAGGACGCCGAAAGGAAAGACGUACUGGAGAAACUACUGAAAACGGAAAUGAUACCGCUGGAACCAACCAUACUUUCAUUUUGGGACAAAUUUAGCGAACUUCAGCUAAAGAUGUUACUUCACACAGAGAAGAUAGAAGGUCACAUGUACUCGUCGGAACCUUUUGAUUGGCCGUUGAUGGACAAGGGGAUCGCGUACUGGGUGGAUGGCACAUCGAAUGCGCAGAUACACCUGCUCGGAAACCUGGUCAUCUGGUACUCGGCUACACUUUCGAUCGUCGCAUACGUCGGAUUAUUGGUGUUCUACUUGAUUAGACGCAGAAGGAAAUUCUUCGACCUGAGCGAAGACGAGUGGCAAAAGUUCCGCUUCGGAGGUGAAAUUUUCCUCGCCGGAUAUUUAAUUCACUAUUUGCCGUAUUACUUCGUGGAGCGUACGUUGUUUUUGUACAACUACUUGCCGGCUCUGCUGUAUAAGAUUCUGUUGCUUUGCUUCGUGCUGGAACAUAUUCAGUUGAUGAUCAGGAAAUUUAUUAGGAAUCGCUUAGUUUCAUUUAUCUACAGUUCCGUUUUGUACGCAUGGCUUGCCGGAGUGAUCUACUUCUUCAGCAAAUUCAGCGUACUGAGCUAUGGAACCACCGAACUCAGUGCAGACGACGUGCUGAAAUUGCGAUUGAAGGACACCUGGGAUUUAAUUGUUCAUAGACCUUAAGUUAAAAACUUUGUUUUAGUUAAAAUAUUUUAAAAAGAAUACUCUUUGAAUAUAUUUCCAAAAUAGCUGUUUAAUGAAAAAUGCAAUAAUUUUAAUCACUAUUUAAUCAAAACUCGAA